CUUUAUCAAAUAUUGAUCCUAGUUUAAGUUGGACUGAACAUCUUGUUCAUAUUUUUAAAACUUGCCGCUUACAUUAUCAAAGUUUAAACCAACAUUGUUCCAAAAUCAAUACUGAAAUUUGGUGUAUAGUUGGUGAAACAACCAAUGUUGCUGAAUCAGCGCACGCUGAUAUUAAUCGUGAUGGAAAAGAAUUAAGUUUAAUGAAUGCAAUUGAAAAGUAA